AAAGCCACGUUUGAAUUGUAAUAUACAUUUAUUUACAUGUAUAUUUAUUGAAUUAUGUAGGUAGGAUUUUGUUCCACAACCUUUCCACCUUUUAAGGGACGUACAUAUAUAUGUUAUUUGUUUUCAGCCAUUUCGACAUAUUCAGACCUGCACCACCUAUCAAAAAUCGGCAUGGACUUUCCGGAAAACCCAAUAUUUGGUCAGUUUAUUUUUUUUUUUCAAGGAAAACGGUUCGUUGAACGAGAGUCGAGUACUAAAAUAAGUAAAUUGAAGAAUGGAAAACCGUAGAUUCUUAAAAUUCCUGCUGAAUCGAUUCCGCAUCGAUUCGGUUGCACCUAUACUAUCCAAAACGGAUCGAAUCGUACGAACGCACGCACGGCCUAGAUUUAUACGAUGCUUUUACUAGUGCAUUUAUAUUUAACAAAGGUAUGUAUCCGAACAAGUAUUAAUUGCGCGAACAUGAGAACGUAGACGCGUGUCACGUAGACGCAAGAAGAAAGACUAAAGGAUUGCCGCGAUGUUAACUACGCGUCACCUUUCCGGUGUGCAACGAUUGCCGCGAAAUUCGAUUCUUAUCGAUUUGCGAAGAGAAUUCGCAAAAGUUAAGAAACAAAGAACGGAGAGCGAGGGAGCGUGUACGCGUAGGGGUGGGACCGACGGUUUCUUCGUCUGUCUCCCUCCCAUUCCAUCGCCCUACGGCCUAGUCGGAGAAGGGUGGCUCUACCAACCAGCCAGCCAAUCCCCACCCUUUGCUUCGUCCCGCCGGUAGCGCCGCCAGUGGCAGCCGUCUCAAUCGCUCCGCCGGGUGGUCUCAGUCGUUCUCUGUCUGUCGCGCGCGUUCGUUGGUGGUCGGGGUGUUGUCGAAAGGGUGGAGGUGUCGGGCGCCAGUCGCUACGCGGACGUUGAGCUCGGGAUUUCCGUGGUCCUCGCGAGACUUUUUCUCCCUCGUCACGAUCGCUGGAACGUUCGCGUCUCGCCGCCUGUGUGUUUGUUUUCGCGAACGGCCGCGCUCGCCUCGCUCUUCUUUUUGUCUCUUUCUUGCCCAUCACCGUUCGAACGUCAACGAAACCGAAGAACGACCUCUGUGCUCCGAACGGUCGCGUGUGCUCGCGUAAUCGCGAUCCUUGUGGCGGUUCAAACGAGUGUCGUGAGACCGAGAGGAGAGAAUCGGAUCGGAUUGGAGUGGAUUGCCGGCGCUCGUGGUUCCUGUAGUUCCCUUAAGGAUACUUCGACCUGUGCAGCGCUCGACGGACCUCGGAUAUCGAUGCGUCGCCGAUCGGUACCAUUCACGAGGAAAUCACGACGGUUGCAGAGAUGAUCGGAUAGGCGUACUACCAAACCUCGGUUUCAAAGCGACGCGUAACGAUGCUUGGAUUCGACCACGUGAACUACAGUCUGACGUAACGAAUCGGGCCUCCCGACGGACGAGUAACGAAGCGUGGCCCGCUCUCCAGGGUGGGAAUCGACGAUCGAGCGCCUCGGCUUGAUGACCCCGCCAGAAUUCCUUCGGAGAGCGGUCGAGCGGGAAGAACGUCGGCGUAGAAAUAGGAGCAGACGGUGCGAGAAUGUUGAAGAUGCGAUAGAACUAAAAGAAAGUAACGAGAGGUCGAGAACGAGGCACCAUGUGCCCGAGCGUGCGGGCCUGGUGGCGGAGAGGGGCGCUUCUCGGGAUGAUGAUGCUGUUAACGUGGAGCUCGACGGUGGAGAGCUGUCCUUCUCUGUGCACGUGCAAAUGGAAAAGCGGAAAAGAAUGGGUGGAGUGCGCGAACCGUAACCUAAAAGGACUCCCGCAGGGCGCCCGAGAGGAGACGCAGGUGUUGGAUCUGUCCGACAAUCAUCUGGUCAGUCUACCGACGGAGUGCUUCCACGCCCUCGGCUUGAUAAAUCUGCAGCGACUCUAUCUAGCCAGAUCGCACAUCAGCCACAUAGCGUCGAGGGCGUUCGUUGGUUUGAUGGGGUUGGUGGAGCUCGAUCUAUCGGAGAACCUGAUCGAGGAGGUGCCGACCGAGACCUUCCCGUUCUACACGAAUCUGAUGAAGUUGCUGCUGAACGGAAAUCCCAUACGGGAGAUUCGCCGCGGGGCCUUUCAGCAUCUGCCACACCUGACGAAUCUGGAAAUGAGCCAGUGCCGACUGGAGACCAUGGAGCGCUCCGCGUUCGACGGUCUCCACCAGCUCGAGUGGCUUCGAUUGGAUGGGAAUCGGUUGACUCGCGUUCCCGAGCUGACGCUGCCACUCGGCGGCAACCUUCGAGGUCUCACCUUGCACAACAAUCCCUGGAUAUGCGAUUGCCGUUUGCGCGCCACCCAGACCUGGCUCAACGAGUCAGCGCCAGCGGCCCCGCAGGAGUCCGAGCCCGUCUGCGACGCACCCCCGAGACUCCACGGGAAACAGAUCAAGACCGUCAAGCCGAACGAGCUGGCCUGCCUGCCGCGAAUCGACCUACAGGAACGACUCGAGGCCUACGAAGGGGACAACGUCACCCUCAGAUGCGACGUCUACGCCGUCCCGGCCGCUAAGCUCACUUGGUGGUUCAACGGGGAGCCUUGCGAGCUGCGCAACGAGAACAAUUCGCUAUUGAAUCCUUCUACCAGCUUCCCACGAUACAUCUAUAGAGAACGAGGCGACACCAAUAUGAGCAGCACCCUUUUGAUCUACUCCGUGGAAUCGUUGAACGAGGGCACGUACACCUGCAUAGCGGAAAACGGAGCAGGCACGGCAAAGUCGAAUCUAUCUUUGCGGGUGCUUUUCCAAGAGAAGGUGACUUCGGAGCCGCCGAGCGAUCGUUCGAGAUCGGGAUACAUCGUGGCCGUGGCAACGGGAGCUCUGGUAGUGACGCUGUUCGCACUCGGUUCCCUGAUAGGCAGCAUCGUGUUCUGCGUACGAAAACGUCGUCGCGACCGGAAGAGAAACUCGAAGGCUCUGGUCUCGCAGAACAAGUCCGUGAUGCCGAUUACCAAGGACACGGUGACCAGCCUGCAGUGCAGGAAGGGGAACGGGAGCCUGAUAGGGCUGGAGCACCAGCAGAUAGUCUCGUAUACCGAGAGAGAGAUGAGCAGAGCGGCGACUCUCGAGCGGAGAGAACAUAGAAGCGUGGACGAGCCUUACCGCAGCCCUGUCUCCAAGUACUUGACGGAGCCGGACUUGAUAAACGAGGUCCCCGAGACUACCGACGUGGGCUACGGUCAGCUGUACCGUCAUCAGCCGGGAGACAGACAAAUCCUCGAGUACGACUCGGGGUACCCGCUACAGCCCGACCUUCGUCCAUCGAACAUACCGCAGCUGAGCUAUCUCGAUCAAGAUGGCUACCCUUUGAACUUUGGUCUACCCAAACUACCGUUCAGUGCCGCGAGCACUCUGCCGCGCUUGAGACAGAGAAUGGCCGAGGGUUCCGCGGUGGCGCCGCCCGCCCGUUACUCCAGGGAGGCGGAGUUUCUCGCCAGAUCGCCCGGAUACGACCCGGUGUUGCCGAGGACCGACGCCAGAUACACCGCCGAGGGAUAUCCUUAUCCCACUCAACAGCAACCGCAGAUUCAGCCCGUCGAGCAACCGAUUCAACAACAAUUGCCCGUUUCCCCGGUCUCUCCGGUCCCCGUGUACCCCGAGGUGCCGUUUAUUCCUUCGCCGCCAGCCGCGUACAGAGGCGAAACGACGCCUCUCUCUCCCAGAUCGUUGCUCAGUAAAACGGCUCGCGAAGCUGCCGCCGCCGCCGCGGCCAGAGCGGAAGAGCUCCAGCCCCCGCACCAUCCGGAAAGUCCCGACGAGGGAUACGUCGGCGACGCGAUGGACGUUUAAAUCGCGUUACGUCGUCCGACGAGUUUUCAUCGAUCGAUACGCGUGUGCGACGAGAUGCAUCCGAGUACUUUGUUCCGAUAACGAUUCGCGAACAACUAAACUCGACUUUGUGAAUCGCGUCGAGUGUAUCCGUUCUCGCCGAUCCUGUUUCAGGUAGCGAAUCGAUUACGAGACACCUUUUCUUCAGGAAGGGGACGAAGAACUUGUUGUCGUUGAUCGAUCGAAACGAGGGGCUCCGUCAGUGUCGGUGAUUCGGACAAAUUAAUUCGAGGAAAACAAGUUCCGAGACAUGAUUGGCGGAACAAGAACCUCGGGACAGAUGGAGAACGACGUCGUCGUCGUCGUCGUCGUCGUGAUCCGACCGAAUGGAUAUCAGACGUCGGUCGUACGACCAAAGUGCCCGUUGAGCAGGAACAAAAGGAGCCGACCUAGUAGUCGGGAGACGUAAUGGAUUAAUCAGGUGCCAGGCUUCCCGGAAGUCCCGAACCGCGUGUCUACGGAUAAUAAUUUCUUGUCAGAGUCAGGCCAGCGUAUUCGAAGGACCGACAGUGCCGCCGCUAAUCAAAUCACAGCCCCUCUUCGGAAGGGGAACGAGAAACGACGCGUUUUCCAUCCUCUCGUCGUUUCGAUCGAGAUCGUUGAAUCCUCUCUACUCGGAGAAUUCUGUAGGAAAUCUAGAUUUACUUAUUCGACCAGUGUACAAGCGAAAUUCGGCGAACUCGGAGGGAAUCGGCGAUCGUAGCAAUUUGUAAACGCGAGGAAGCUACCGAGUACCGAGUAACCGCACGGCGGGAUUCAGAAAUCCCCGCGAAUUUCGCGAACAACGUGGAACAGCGAUUGUUUAACGCCCCCGCGAGUCCGAAACGAAUAUCCGGAUUGGAAGCGUCAAAAAAUCCGGGACUUCGUGACUGGAAGAUAAUUUUCGAGAAGCUUCCGGUUGUACUCUCUCUCUCUCACACACACACACACACACACACUUUCUUCACAGGUUAGACACUCUAACGCUCGAAAUGGAAUCUUCCGAAACGAGGAAUUCGCAGGAAGAGAGAAACUUCGAAAAAUGUCUAGAGAGUUGUAGUCGUUUCGAGCCACCGAAAUCGAAACGAAAAUUCAUCCGCGACACGGAGGACAGAAAUCGAUACCUUUGCGCUCGUAAUCGCGUCUCGGGUCGAUUAGGAAUUUACGCGUAAGAUUUUAAGUACGCAUACGAUUUUAACCCUUUCCACUCGAAAGGUGACUCUCAGGUUUCACGCAGCAAAUCUGCAAAUACCUAACGUUUCGUUUAGGUUUCAUUUCUUCGGAGCUCGAAGUGUCGAUAAAAUGAUUGUCGGCGAGGUAAAGAUGACUUUAUUCUCGAAUCUAAAUAGCUUAGAAUUCGUGGCGAUAGAAUGCUAAAAAACGUCUCGAGUUGCUGGCAGAUACCAGAAAAAAAGGCCUCGAGUGCAAAGGGUUAAGACUCCUAUGGAGUCGUUGAGAACUAACGAUCGUAUUCCUUACGCGAGUCGGAUAUCGAUCGUUCGCGAACGAACGAAAUAUCGGUUCCAGCGACCGAGAACGCGCGUAUUUUUGCGUUACGAGCGGAAAGUACGAGAGAGGCAGACAACGAAGAGAAGUAGACGUAAAUAAAAGGAGAAAGAAGCGAGGAUACGCAUCGUUCGUCGUUUACGAGUCGCGACAGGGACUCGCGUGAUUAUCUGCUCAAGCUCAACACGCAACACCAAUCCUGACUCCCAACAACUCCACUCGUUCCCUCGAUUACUCCACUUUUUAGGCUAACCAAUUAUAUCGUUAUUAAAGUUUACUGCUCGUCGGUUUCAGGAGAAACGGACUCUCUAUCGUGUCUGGAAAGUUCCGACGGAAGGUUGUAGCUGUUCCGCCGUAGCGAUAAUAACGUUAACUCGGUGUUUAAGACUGGUGAACUGUGCGAGAUUACGAGCCAGCUAGGUUGGUACUUAACCUGAUGUACAGAACUGUUAAAUAUACAUAUAUACAUACAUACACAUACACGCGCAUAUAUUUAUACAUACAUGUAUACAUAUGUAUAUGCAUGCGUAUAUGAAUAUAUUCAUGUAUACGGAUAUGUAUAUAAUUUCGAACCCGACUCGCCGAGACACGAUAGUGUCACGCGUGCAACGCAUACGGAUAUAAAUACGUGGACACGAUCGGAACACUCGAAAACAGGUGAAAGUAGAUAUUUUUUAAAGGUGUCUUCGAGUCUACCACCGCCCGCGAUCAAACGCUGUGUACAGUAAAGUCUCCUUAACAGCACGAGCUCGGGACUGAACUUGUGCGUUCAUCGUAGAGUUCGUAUAUUUUCUGACGGUUGCCGACGAGCAUCGAACGUAAAGAAGGACCAGCGAAUAAAGAAGAAAACGGUACGAAAACAUCAGGGUAUAUCCGAUCCCGGAGCAUGUUACACUACUCGGCGAUCGAACUCCCGCGACCCCUCAAGGGGUAUACUCCUAUGGCGAGGAUGGUUUCUGUGCGUUUAAGGAGACUUUACUGUAAUCCAUUAUCGAACCUGCGUACUCGCGUAGCCGUUGUCUAACAGAGUUUUAAGCGCGCGAUGACGUCCGGUUGCACCGUGAGAACCGGUGAAGCCUGAAUUCCGUAAGUGAUCAUCUCGAAGAGUAAACCUUUGCCUUUCAUUUACAAUGAUACGUCGAGGAGUCUCGUUGCCUCCGAUUCGCAACAUCGACCGCUCGGCCUUUUCCUCGAUCGAUCGAAACGCGAACACCCGAGCAAAGUCAGCUCUUCGAAUUUCUCUUUCAGCUCUUCGAAUUUCUCUUGUCCCGUCGCCGUGUCUCCAUGGCGUUUUGCGCGCACAUCGAUACCCCCCGAUUUACGUAUUUAGCGUAGACGUUGAAUAGAUCGAUCGGGUAUUCGCGACCUUCGCGACUCAAGCCUACGUCCUGGCACUGUUCGAUUUUUUCGGCUGUGAACGAUGUUACACAGGGUGCCUCGAGAAUGUUGGAGAUCCUGGAAAGGGGUGAUUCGGGAGGUGAUUCGAAACAAGUUUUUUCUUAGCGAAAAUGUCUGAGGAUUCGUUAAGGAGAUAUUAACAGAAAAUGCCAGCGGUGCGUAAGCUACGUGCGCUAGAUAGCCGCAGUAGAAUAGGCUGCGCGCUAGUCAGCCACAGUAGCACAGCCUACGCGCUAG